UUGUUUGUUUGUUUGUUUGUUUAUAUCCCCAUGGAAACCCUGCAAGGUCUGAAGGACCUGGGACUGUUCGGCAUGCAGGUGCCAAUGGAGUACGGUGGGCUGGGCCUGUCCAACACAGAGUACGCCCGUCUGGGUGAGAUCACAGCCAUCGACGGGGCGAUCGCGGUGACCUUGGCGGCGCACCAGGCCAUCGGGCUGAAGGGCAUCCUCAUCGCGGGAAACGACGAGCAAAAGACAAAGUACCUCCCGAAGCUGGCGACGGGCGAGCACGUGGCGGCCUUCGCGCUGACCGAGCCUUCCAGCGGAAGUGACGCUGCUUCGAUCCAGACGCGAGCGACUCUUAGCGACGACGGAAAACAUUUCCUACUGAACGGGGGAAAGAUCUGGAUCUCGAAUGGCGGCAUCGCUGACGUCUUCACGGUGUUUGCCAAGACAGAGGUCGUGGACAGCGCGUCCGGCAAGGUCAAGGACAAGGUCACGGCCUUCAUCGUGGAGCGGAGUUUUGGCGGGAUCACGAGCGGCAAGCCGGAGGACAAGCUGGGGAUCCGGGGGUCCAACACGUGCACCGUGCACUUUGAAGACACGCCCGUCCCGGUGGAGAACGUCCUUGGAGAGGUCGGCGGGGGUUUCAAGGUCGCCAUGAACAUCUUAAAUGGCGGGCGGUUCAGUAUGGGCAGCAGCGGCGCCGGCAUCGUCAAGAAGCUGAUUGAACAAACAGCAGAACACGCCACAAGUCGUGUACAGUUCAACAAGAAGCUGAUGGAGUUCCCACUCAUUCAGGAGAAGUUUGCUGAGAUGGCGUUGCGAGCCUAUGCCAUGGAGAGCAUGGCGUACCUGACGGCCGGCAUCAUGGACCGCUGGCCGGGCGGAGACCCCGACUGCUCCGUGGAGGCUGCCAUGGUCAAGGUGUACAGUUCAGAGAGCGUGUGGUCCAGCGUUAGUGAGGCCCUGCAGGUGCUGGGAGGACUGGGCUACAUGAAGGAGUAUCCGUACGAGCGCUACCUGAGAGACGCGAGGAUCCUCAUGAUAUUUGAGGGGACCAAUGAAAUCCUGCGCAUGUACAUCGCCCUGGUGGGAAUGAAGUUUGCUGGAGACAUACUGAAGGAGAAACUCAAGGAUCUGAAGCGCGGUAACAUCGGCGUGAUUCUCCAGACCGUGCGCCAGCGAUGGGGCUCGGGACUCGGGCUGGGGCCGAGUCUGGGGUUCAUCUCGGAGGACCGGUUCAUCGGAGACGGCUUCAAGUCGCAUCCCAGCGUCUCGGCCGGAGCCAAGCUUCUGGAGGAGAACGUAAACACGAUGGGGAUGACGACGGAAACGCUGCUGGCCAGACACGGCAAGGGCAUCGUGGAUCAACAGCUGAUACUGAAGAGAGUCGCUGACAUCACAACCAACCUGUACGCAAUGACGGCGGUCGUGUCUCGCGCCAGCAAGGCGGUCAUCUCAGGGCUUCCUAACUAUGACCAUGAGGUCCUGAUGGCCAACACCUUCUGCCAGAAAACCUACAACACAAACAUGCAGCUGUUCGACGAGCUGAGCAGAGAAAACACGGACGCGGCUGUGCAGAAAAUCGGCACAGACAUCCUGAAGGCUGGAAGUUACAUUGCGGCACACCCGCUCGACAGAACGCACGACUUCGACAACAUUGACGUGGUGCCGCCCCAGCGGUAACGGGCACAAAAUCUUGCCGGAGUAACACGGUCGCACGACUCAGACUUGGUCUGUGACGUGUUUUCCUGUGAUGAAACUGUUGUCUCCAUCGUGAUACCUUACUGGUCACUUAGACUUUGGCAAGACACCAGAAUUAAUCAACUUAGAUUUCUUCCGUGACGAGGUAUAUUUUGAUGAAACUGCUGUCCCUGCUGUAUCACUGACCAAGACAUCAGGAAUAUCACAGAUGUGAUCAACUUUAACUCAGCCUGAACUGAAACAUCACCGAAGGAUUUGGGAGACAUGUUGCUCAGUCAAAACUUUGUGCAAGUUGCUCUGUGCAGAUUUACUGUUUACUGUUUACUUUUUGGUUUCUAUCAGAACAGAUGGACUUUUCUUGUUAACUUAUGCCUUAUUUGUCUCUUUAUUUCUAUGCUCAUAUAGACUAGAGAUAUAAUAUUUGCUUGAAAGGGAAAUUACAUGUACCUGAGAGAAUUUUCCAGUGCUUGCAAAUUUAAUGUAACCAGUGUCAAGCUAUAGUUUCAUAGACAUCUGCAAAUUAAAUGAAUAGGCUAAUGAGGUGAGAUUGACGUAUGUCACAGGGUAGAUAAAAUAGUAAGAAUAUGGUGACUUUCUGUAUAUCAAAAUAGACCUGGCCCACUUCCUUGCCAGGACCAUAAUUUAUCCAUAAUUCCAGUUAAUAUCCAAUUAUAUAGUUGAUGUAUUUAUUCCUGGAAGUUUGAAAGUUUCAGAAAAAAUAUUAGUCACUUUUGAAACUGCAUACAGGGUAGCGGGUGCCUUGUUUGUUUGUUUGUUGUGUUGUUGUUUUGUAUAAAUAAACAAAACC